UUUCAGCUAAUUUGAAUUUGAAGAAAUUUAUUUGGAAGAUGAAGAGAUAAAAUUCCAACGUAUAUACGUAUUAGAAGUGACAGUGAAUAGUUACGUUAUUUUUUAUCAACAUCUCUGAAUUCUUUUUACAAUCGAUAUUAUUGUACCGUAAUGAAGAUGAAUGACCGUGAUAUACCAGAUACCAAAUUCAAGCUGUAUCUCAGACAAUUGUUAACAAUUUCGGGACAAUUGAUCGGACUCUGCGUAACCGGUAUGUCAUUUGGCUACAGCGCGAUACUUCUUCCGCAACUGGAGAGAAUUUCGACCAAUAACGUCGAAUCUUCAUUCGAAUCUGCGAAUACGGAUCAUUUCGGAGUGCUCAGUAUCGAUCAAGAGUCAUGGAUCGCAGCAUCCACACUUCUACCAAUAGCUCCAGGAUGUUGUACCGGUGGAUUUAUGGCGGAAAAACUUGGCAGAAAGACAUCGGUGAUGCUAGUAUUUCCUGUCUAUCUUAUAGGCUGGCUGAUUAUCGGUUUCGCCAACAGCGUAGAAGUUUUAAUAGCAGGCAGUUUUCUCUGUGGAUACUGUGUCGGGGUCUUGGCGCCCAUAUAUUCGAUCUACGUGAGUGAAACGAGCGACCCUCUGCUACGUGGUAUUCUACUGGGGGCAGGCAACUUGACCCUUUCGGUCGGUAUAUUGGCGUGUCACGCGAUGGGAACUUGGCUGCAUUGGCGAACCACCGCGUAUAUCUGUGGCGUGUUACCUGUAAUCUGUUGGAUAGUCUCUGUCUACUCGCAAGAGAGUCCAUUGUGGCUGCUUCGUAAAGGCAAAUUUGAGGAGGCGAAGCGCUCCUGGAUAUACCUCCGUGGCGAAGAAUCACUCGAGGAAUUCUCCCCCCUGGAAACCAUUAGACUCGCGGAAAUAUCGGGAAAGAGAAUCAAGAAACGAUCGUUAUUGCAAUCGCAAAAAAGGAUGUGGACCUCGCGAUAUUUCCUGAAACCUCUCAGCAUCAUCUGCCUGUACUUCUUUAUCAUGCAGUUCUCGGGUUCUAACGUAAUGACUUUCUACUGCGUCGGGAUGUUGGUGAGUGUCUCGCACUCGCCCUAUACGGUAAUGCUUAUUAUCGACACAAUUCGUCUGAUAUUUGCUAUUCUCAUGUGCGUACUUCUGAAAACAUGCCGCAGGCGCACUGUGACGUUUAUAUCCUGUUAUGGCACUGUUAUCAUAUUGUUAUCUUUAAGUGUGUGCUUGACAUUUGACAUUGGAAAACCUUGGAGUUUCGUGAUUUUACUUGUUGCUUACAUCAUUCUGGUGUCAUUGGGAUUGACUACCCUGCCCUGGAUGCUUUGCGGUGAAUUAUUUCCGAGAAAAUAUUGUGAGUUUGGUUCCGGAUUAGCAACCAGCUUCAAUUACAUAUGCAUGUUUAUAGUAAUCAAGACGAUGCCGCUUAUGAUGGAAUUUAUGCAGUUUGAAGGCACAUUCGCCGUUUAUGGCAUUGUGACGUUGAUUGGGAGCAGUGUCUUAUAUUUCAUUCUUCCUGAAACCAAAAACAAAACCUUGCAGGAAAUUCAGAUAUAUUUAAACAAGAAAUGUUACACACCGGAAGCACAAAAUGUGGACGUACCGUUUGAUGAAUGUGUUUCUUCUGAGAAAAACGACGAAUUGGAUAAGAAAACGUUGGUUGAUGAAUGA